GUGAGCUGGGUGACUCGUACAUCUGAGACCCUCCGUAUGGAGACCGGGACGGGGGUGUUGCUUAAUGCUUAGAACUGCUGAAACUACCAGUUCACUGUCUCAGCACUAAUCCAACUCUGCUCUUAAGUGGGAUUUGGCUUUUAGACAUUGAGACCUGGACGCUGGGCAUCCUCGCUAGAUCCCCUACAAAUUCCCCACAUACACAGGCCAGGGGCCUCAGCGGUGCCUCUGCAGGCUCAGCUGGUGAGACGGCACCAGCUUGCUCAGAACAGGGGCUGGCUGUUCAUCGUCUCAGAGCAUAGAGACCCUCUCCUUGCCACCCGGCCCUUCCCACCUGGUUGGUGACAAAUCACAAGGUGGUAGAAGUUGCCAGGGACAGAUAACAUGGCAGCCAGUGGGAAGACCAGCAAGUCCGAACCGAACCAUGUUAUCUUCAAGAAGAUCUCCCGGGACAAAUCGGUGACCAUCUACCUGGGGAAGAGAGACUACAUAGACCAUGUCAGCCAAGUCCAGCCUGUGGAUGGUGUCGUGUUGGUUGAUCCUGAUCUCGUGAAGGGAAAGAAAGUGUAUGUCACUCUGACCUGCGCCUUCCGCUAUGGCCAAGAGGACAUUGAUGUGAUCGGCCUGGCCUUCCGCAGGGACCUGUACUUCUCCCGGGUCCAGGUGUACCCUCCUGUGGGGGCUGCGAGCACCCCCACAAAGCUGCAAGAGAGCCUGCUCAAAAAGCUGGGGAGCAACACGUACCCCUUUCUGCUGACGUUUCCUGACUACUUGCCCUGUUCAGUGAUGUUGCAGCCAGCUCCGCAAGAUACAGGAAAGUCCUGUGGGGUUGACUUUGAGGUCAAAGCAUUCGCCACAGACAGCGCCGAUGACGAAGAGGACAAAAUCCCCAAGAAGAGCUCCGUGCGGUUACUGAUCCGGAAAGUACAGCAUGCCCCACUUGAGAUGGGUCCCCAGCCCCGAGCUGAGGCGGCCUGGCAGUUCUUCAUGUCUGACAAGCCCCUGCAGCUUUCGGUCUCUCUCAGCAAAGAGAUCUAUUUCCAUGGGGAACCCAUCCCUGUGACCGUGACUGUCACCAAUAACACAGAGAAGACCGUGAAGAAGAUUAAAGCAUUCGUGGAACAGGUGGCCAAUGUGGUUCUCUACUCGAGUGAUUAUUACGUCAAGCCUGUGGCUAUGGAGGAAGCGCAAGAAAAAGUGCCGCCAAACAGCACUUUGACCAAGACGCUGACGCUGCUGCCCUUGCUGGCUAACAAUCGAGAAAGGAGAGGCAUUGCCCUGGACGGGAAAAUCAAGCAUGAGGACACGAACCUUGCCUCCAGCACCAUCAUUAAAGAGGGCAUAGACCGGACCGUCCUGGGGAUCCUGGUGUCUUACCAGAUCAAGGUGAAGCUCACAGUGUCAGGCUUUCUGGGAAGAGCUCACCCUCCAGUGAAGUCGCCACUGAGGUCCCAUUCCGCCUCAUGCACCCUCAGCCUGAGGACCCAGCGAAGGAAAGUUAUCAGGAUGCAAAUUUAGUUUUUGAGGAGUUUGCUCGACAUAAUCUGAAAGAUGCAGGAGAAGCUGAGGAGGGGAAGAGAGACAAGAAUGACGUUAAUGAGUGAAGAUGUCAGCUCAGGAUGCCGGAAAAUGACCUGUAAUUACCAGUGCAAAGCCCCACAGUUUAGCCCUUUGGAGUUAUGCUACGUAUGAAAGGAUGAGUCUUCUUCUGAGAAAUAAAGCUUGUUUGUUCUCCUCUGA